AUCCUCAAAGUUCCACUCUUUCACUUUGUCAAGAUAUCAUUGUUGUUUUGAAGCAAUCAUCUAAAUCUCUCAAACCUUGUCUGCAAAUUUCUUGUGCAGCCAAUUAAUGGAUACCAAAACCAGCCCGACUAAGUUCAUGAUUUUCCUUCUCUUCUCAUACCUACAUCUGAAGACUCAUGUCUCCCUCGCAACCGAUGCCAUCACCGCAGACCAAUCUUUCUCCGGUGACGAAACCAUUGUCUCCUCAGGUGGUGUUUUUGAACUCGGUUUCUUCAAACCAGGUAAACUUCCAAACUACUACGUAGGCAUGUGGUACUACAAGCGAGUAGUAACUGUGAAAACCAUAGUCUGGGUGGCAAAUAGAAAACAACCAGUCUCCGAUAGAUUUACUUCGGUGUUGAGGAUCAUAGAUAGUAAUUUAGUUCUCGUUGAUGAGACCAAAAGUCUUGUUUGGUCCACAAAUGUGACCUCCACCACCACGUCAGGCUCAGCUACUUCUAUACAAGCAGUUCUUUUAGACAAUGGCAACCUUGUCUUAAGAGUUGGAUCCAAUUCAUCAUUACUGCCGUUAUGGCAAAGUUUUGACCAUCCAGCUCAUACUUGGCUAGCAGGAAGUAAAAUUGGAUUCAACAAUGUUACCAAACAAACCCAAAAACUCACUUCAUGGAAGAACUCCGAGGAUCCUGCACCGGGUCUUUACUCUCUUGAGCUGGACCCGAAUGGUAGCAACUCAUAUAUCCUACUGUGGAAUAGUUCUAGACAGUACUGGACCAGUGGAUCUUGGGACGAGCAUAAUCGAAUUUUCAGCUUGAUUCCUGAAAUGAGGCUUAACUAUAUCUACAAUUGCAGCUAUGUUACGAACGAAAACGAAAGCUAUUUCACCUAUGCUCUUAAUGAUCCUAAAAAAAUAUCUCAGGCAGUUAUGCAUUUCUCGGGGCAGAUCCAGCAACUGACAUGGUCGGAGACUUCCAAGCAGUGGAUUUUGUUUUGGUCCCAACCAAGAAAACAAUGUGAAGUUUAUGGUUUGUGCGGGGCAUUCAGCACUUGCAAUGCCACGUCUUUGCCCUCAUGUAGCUGUUUGAAGGGUUUUGAGCCAAAACUGCUGGGUGAUUGGAACUUAAAUGAUCAUGCUGGCGGGUGUUCAAGAAUAACCGGUCUUCAGUGUGGAAAUGCUACUAGUCUUAAUGGGACACAAGUCACACAAGACCAGUUUCAAGAAAUGACUAGAAUGACAUUGUCUGAAAAUGAUCAAUAUGCAGAGGUCGGGAGUAUUAUGGAAUGUGAAUCCAUCUGCUUAAAUCACUGCUCAUGCACUGCUUAUUCAUAUGAAAGUGGUGGAUGUUCAAUUUGGAAUGGAGAUCUCUUGCAUCUGCAACAGCUUGAAGCAAGUGAUACUAAUGGAAGAACAAUGUACAUCAGACUUGCGGCUUCCGAGUUCGAGAAUCCUCCUAAAAGUAGUAAUAAGGGUAGUGAGGGUCAUACUGAUGAUAAGUGGUCUCUUGUAAUUGCAAUAAUCUCAGCAACAGCAGGAUUCCUUACAAUAAUUUUUGGCUAUUUUUUAUGGAAGAAAACUUUGGGAAAGAGAAGAGAGCAUAGGAGGAGGACUAUCAAUUCAAGUAAUCUGGGUGCUAGAGAUGGAAACGAUGAUACAGAACUACCACUCAUUGGUUUGAAGAGUAUAUUAGCUGCUACAAACAACUUCUCUGAAGCUAAUAAACUUGGAGAGGGAGGAUUUGGCCCUGUUUAUAAGGGGAUUUUUCCUGACAAUCAAGAAGUAGCAAUAAAACGGCUUUCUACGAAGUCUGGGCAAGGACAUCAAGAGUUCGUGAAUGAGUUAAAGCUUAUAGCCAAGCUUCAGCAUAGAAAUCUUGUUCGACUCUUGGGUUGCUGUAAUGAAGAGGAGGAAAUGAUACUGAUUUAUGAGUACAUGCCCAACCGAAGUUUGGAUAAAUUCUUAUUUGAUCCAUCUGAACAGACAAAAUUGGACUGGGAUAGACGUUUUAGGAUUAUAGAAGGUAUUGCUCAGGGAGUACUCUAUAUCCACAAGUACUCCAGACUGAAAAUCAUUCAUAGAGACUUAAAAGCAAGUAAUAUUCUGUUGGAUGGAGCAAUGAACCCCAGAGUAUCAGACUUCGGAAUGGCCAAGAUUUUUGAGUUAAACCAAAUUGAAGCAAAUACAAACAGGGUUGUUGGGACAUAUGGCUACAUGUCACCUGAGUAUGCACGUUAUGGUCAUUUCUCUGAAAAAUUGGACGUAUUUAGCUUUGGAGUGUUAUUGUUGGAGAUUGUAACCGGAAAGAAAAAUGGUGCUUUCUAUCAUUUCGAGCAUUCACUGACUCUUGCCGGAUGGGCAUGGAAAUUAUGGAAAGAAAACAGAGGAAUGGAGGUGAUUGAUGCAUCGGUACGGGAAACAUGCCGGCCUCAUGAAGCUUUAAGGUGUAUCCAUGUAGGGUUUUUGUGCGUACAAGAAGCUCCAGCUGAUCGACCAACAAUGUCUGCUGUAAUUCAUAUGCUGCAAAGCAACGAAGCCACAUCACUUCCACACUCCAAAGAACCUGCUUUUUCAAUACACGAUAUGAAUUCCAAUGUUGCUGAAUCUUCUUCUCAAACGUCUACUAGUGCUUGUUCCAAGAAUGCAUUCACAAUUAGUUUGCCAGAAGCUCGAUAAAUUAAAGGUUUUCAGAUAGAAGUUUAAUAAUGUUGUAUUUCGUCGAUGUAUUUGAUGUCAGAUAUAAACGAAAACGAAGAAGUUUCUUGGAAUUUUGGCUCGAGGGAAAGGAUUUAGCCAAUGCCCCCAAACCUCUCCUCUAAUGUUCCUUUUUUUUUUUCUUUUUUGAGAAACUCCUCUAAUAUUUCUUGUUUCAUUGGAUGAAACUUGUAUGGGAGUUGAAUUACGAUGGUUCAGUGUCACUUCCACCAGACAAAUCAAGUCACUUUCCUGCUAGGCGGAACAGAGUAUACAAAAUGGGGGAGGCUGCGACCCAAAUAGAAAACAGUCGACAUUCAACAAUGGAAGCUCAACAGGGACGCAUAGUGACAGAGAAACCACGAAAAUGAUCAGCACGAUAUCCAUUGAACACUUGGUUCUUCCAGAAGUGCAACAAAUAUCUUAAGCAGAGAAGUUUAUUCUUUGACUUUUAGCCCCUGGAGAAAUUGACUUGAGAAUGUGAAGAUUGAGUCUACCCAAGAUUGGGUCUCCAAGCUUAAUCAGACCACUGCACUUGACUCUGCAUGCAAGCCAGACCUCACUAAUCUCUCAUCCUGUGAUGCUUGCGUAGCGGCUGGCUUUAAAAUUCAUGCACAAUUAAA